CUGUGCAGACACCGGUUUAUGUCCAACCGACGUCAGCUAUCAAAAAAGGCACGAAAUGGCACAACUUGUACAAGUGUCACAAGUGCCACAAAUGGCAGAAAUGGAUAUGCUCUAUAGUAUGGGCCCUGCUGCCAGUGUCCCAACUGUUCAUUUUGUUUUAAUGAUCUUUUUGCAGUUAUUUAUGCGAGUUGGGCACCACAGCCAUAAGUUGGGUGCAGCAGCCAUAGGGAAUUGUUCAAACCCAUGCCGUAUCCCAAUAGAAGUCCUCAAACUUUGGAGAGUCACCAGUCCUUCUGGACUCCACCGUGUGCCCGUUCCCAAAGCGAUGUCCUUUUUGUCUUUCAAUGGCAACAGUUUGAGCAAACUUCAGGAGGGCUCACUUUCACGUACGCAUCGGGACUUGUCAAGUAAUGCAAUCCAGACCAUUGAGAUGAAUUCACGUGAAGCUGUCCCGUUUGUGCAGCUUAUAGACCUCAGCGGCAAUCUUAUUGAGAAGCUCACUCCUGGGGCAUUCGAGGCCCGGCAUGGAAUGCAGUUUUUGCUCAAGAUGGUUCUCAACCAUCAUCCGCUGAAAGUCAUUGAUGAUGCCAGUUUUUACAGGCUUCCCUCACUGAAGCUUCUAAACCUUAGUUCUACAGAAAUGACCCCAAAGAUAUUAGAGGACCUGCUCCAGACCUCCCAGCAAUUGAAGACUCUCAUCUUGCCUAACAAGAUAUUCUGCUGUCUUUGCCGUAUGAAGGAUGACAUUGAAGUUUUGUCUGAUACGAUAAAGUUGGACUGCACCGACACAUGUACCACAAACGAAACUCUCUGCGAGAAAGAUGAGGCUUUGAACAGGAUGCAAAAAGAAGUCAUGAAGGCAUUGGAAACCAGGAAGCUGAAUGCCAGCAGUACACUGAACAUUGUGCCUGAGAAACUUUUACACAGCAACAUAACAAUGAAGGUCACCGUGAGGCAGAGAAACACCAAUUUAGGUGAACUCAACCCACACCUUUUGAAAUCGGUCCAGGAAUUAGAGAAAGAUGAGGCUUUGAACAGGAUGCAAAAAGAAGUCAUGAAGGCAUUGGAAAUCAGGAAGCUGAAUGCCAGCAGUACACUGAACAUUGUGCCUGAGAAACCUUUUCACAGCAACAUAACAAUGAAGGUCACCGUGAGGCAGAGAAACACCAAUUUAGGUGAACUCAACCCACACCUUUUGAAAUCGGUCCAGGAAUUAGGUAAGCUGAAACCUGAAGAGGUCCUGCAAAUCAAGUGGAAUGACACGUCUGAACUGAAAAAGCUGUGCAUGCUGGCCAAUUUGCUACAGAUGGCACUCAGAGAACAAGUUACAGAAGACUUGAUAAGUUACAUUCUUAUCAUUCUGAAACAUGUCAGGGAGUCAAGCCAGCAAGACCGCUCUCUGCAUGAGGAAGAAACAGCGGCUCCCAGUACCACCACCACCACCACUACCACCACCACUACUACCACUAGCACCACUAGUCCCACUAGUCAGAGUUUGCUGCUGGAGGGUAGGUCCAGCUCUUCCCAAAAUGAACCUAGUGAAGGAAACUCAGAGCAGACAUCACAGAAUGCACCAUUAAUGUCAAAGGAGGCGCUGCUCAACCAGCUCACGCGUGGAACUCAGGAAGGUGGUGUGCCCCAAAUCCCAGGAGAUAACGCAGAGGCACCCCAAAUCCCAGGAGAUGACACAGAGGCCUCCCAUGAGACACACUGGGAGCAUCAUGAAGUGAAGACCACUGCUCGCCACAAGCUGAACAUCUUGCCCACUGAUGAUGACUACUUGCUUCAAGGGGACCUUUUUGAAGCUGAGCUGAACAAGCGGCUAUCGCCCCUUAUCCCAAACACACCAGUGAGGAACCUCAUAUCCCACACACUCCGUAUCCUCAAAAUGGACUGUACAGUGUCCAGGGUCCAGUUGGCCUGUGCUACGCUAAUCUCCAGAACAGGUCUCCUCAUGAAACUAUUCAGUGAGAGAGAAAACUUCAUGGAUAACUCCGCAUUGUGGAAGUCAUACUUCUUGUCUAUGAAGUAUGUCUCCAACUUGGCCACAGGAAGUCCAAGAAAACUGGGGAAAUCUGAAAUUGGAAGCCAGGGAAUCCCAGAAUAUGGCUAUGGCAAAAAGCUGUUGUUUGCUAUUUCAGUGACUGCAGUGAUAAUAAUCAUCAUUUCAGUAAUUGGGCUGAUUGAGUCUUCCAGUGCAGGUUCUUCAAUGCUCGAUAAGCCUCUUUGGCUCAAGUAUAUGUACCAGCUUCUGGAUGAAGUACGGAAAAAGAGCAUGGUGGACAAAAUGCACGAUGAAGAAUCCUCUGAAGAUGAAGAUAUAUUCAGCGGGGCAAGAGUUCCCAGAGCUCCACCAGGUCCACCAAGCCCAUCACCAGUAGAACAACCGCCUUCAAGAAGGCCCAGCUCAAGAAAAAUGACCUUUCUGUGCAGAAAGAAGAAAGGUGCAAAACGGUAUGAUGAAGAAUCUAAGAUCCAGACUUCUAAGACUUCGAAGGUCCAGGAUAUAUUCAGCGGGGCAAGGUCACAAAUGACUGCACCGUCCCCUGCUAGAAAGCCCAGUUCCAAGACACUGUCUGCACAUCCGUCCCACUUUGCACCUCAAUCCGCACCUCCAUCUGUACCUCCAUCAAUGCCCAUGUAUAUGUCUCCGUCCAUACCUCCAUCCUUACCUCCAUCCGUACCUCCAUACAUAACUCCGUACGCCCCUCCAUCUGCAACUCCAUCUGUACAUCCAUACGUACCCCCAUCAGUAUCUCCAUCCAUCCAUCAGUCCGUACCUCCAUCUGUACUUCAGUCUGUACCUCCAUCCGAAUAUCAGUCCGUACCUCCGUCUGCACCUCACUCCGCACGUCCGUCUGUACAUCAGUCCGCACCUCCGUCCGCACCUCCCUCUGCACCUCACUCCGCAUCUCACUCCGCACGUCCGUCUAUACCUGCACCUGUGGAAGGAGCUCCGCACACACCAUCACCAAAAUCAUCAUUGACAAAGCCCCCCAGUGAAGCUUCAAAACGAGGAUCGACGGCAGAAGGUGGCGCUAGCACAGAGUCAAAGAAAGCAAGUUCGGGUGCAGGAAGCCAAGCUGGAGGAAGCCAAGCUGGAGGAAGCCAAGCUGGAGGAAGUGAAGGUAGAGGAAGCGCAACGGAAGAAGAUUGACCUUUGUUCGCUUGUAAAUAAUGUUAUAUUAUCUGUAGAGCUCUGUACAAAGUUCUGUUAUUAUUACUAUUAUAAUACUAUUAUUAUUAUUAAAUACAUAACUCCAAAAGACA